UGAUGAUGAUAAACAAACGCGCUUUUCUUCGAUUUUGCUGAGCCACUCGGAAUCGCGGAAGCCUCGCCACAAACACGGAACAGGGCCGGACCAGGAGUGAAUAGAAAGUAAGAAAAAUAGGUCCUUACAUCCCGGAGCAGCAGCAUGACGACGUUGGUUCGCGAAAAGCAAGACUCGGAAUCGUGCGAGUGGACAGCGGAGGAAGAGGUUCAGCUGUUCCUGGCGUUGGAUGGCGUUAGGCCGGUCGGCGUUAAUCGGCACUUCUACAUGGCGUGCAUUAGCGAGCGACUGGGCAAGGCUCUGCAGCGAGAGGUGGCCAGCGAAGCGAUAUGGGCCCAUCUGCGGUCGAUGUACAACCUGAAGGCACUGGACGAGCAGGAGUUCGUACCGUUCCUGAACGAGCAGUGUGAUUUUGAUCUUCCGGAAGCGGAGUUUAGUGUGGCUAUCGGUCGCCGGAAGCAAGAGGACACCGAGAGGCUAGCCGUGCCGUCGGUGGCCAGCGAACCGGAGGUGAGGAAGUCCGAAUCCAAGUCCGAUACUGCGACGGUGAAGGUUUCUGUUUCAAAACCUACCGUACAGUCAAAGGAUGGCAAGGAGCACGAGCGCGAGGAAAAGGAGGGCAAAGAGCGUGAACCGGGAAGUUCUGGGAAGAUCAAAGCGAAAAUCUUUGCCGAUAGUAAUGGUAGCGAUGGAGGACCGAAACGGUCACAGAAACGUACCAGAGGCUCAUUGACGAACGAACCUACCUCUAACACGAGCAGUCCGGCUAGCACUCCACCGAAUGGUCCAGGCACCAAAAGGCGACGAAUCUAAUUGCGCCAGCGGUCGUCGGAUACGUCGUCGAGACGAUAUUCAUAUUUUCCUACAAAUUCAUACUUUGUACAUAUUCCAUCGUAUCCUCAAUAUAUUCUACAUUCAACAAAACCUCAUAAAACUUUAGU